AUGGAGGGGCGGGGCAGGCUGAUCGGGGGUCUGGCACUGGUUCUGAUGGGUGUUUUAGGAGUAUGUUUGACAUGUGGACUGCCAAUGUGGCGUGAGACGUCUUUUGUGGGAGCUAAUAUCGUGACGGCACAGUCGGUGUGGGACGGUCUGUGGUUACACUGCAUCAUGCAGUCUACCGGUCAGAUGCAGUGUAAGAGACACACGCAGACCAUCACUAAUACUGCUGACCUCCAGGCUGGACGGGCCCUCACACUCAUCUCCAUCCUGGCCGCCCUGCUGGGCUUCAUCAUCACCCUGCUGGGAGGAGGCGUAGUCAACUGCAGCGACGAUCCACCUGAUCCUUUAGAGCCUCCAAACACAACGCCCUCGGCAAAAAAGGCGUGUGUGCUGGGUGGAGCUCUGUGUGUCCUGGCCGGCGUCCUCGUCCUCAUUUCGGUCAGCUGGUCGGCGGGGUUGACCGUCUCACUCUAUAACGACCCGUUUGUGGCGGCGCCCCUGAAGAGAGAGGUGGGCACGUCCAUCUACAUCGGCUGGGCCUCGUCUGUGCUGCUGCUGCUGGGCGGCGCUCUCAUCUGCUUCGUGUGCGGGGAGAAGAAGAGAACCCCUCCUUCCAAUUACACCUACAUGCCCUACACCACCAACUCCCAAUACAGCGAUGCCGCGUCCACUCUGAGGUCUGACGUCAUGGGACCAAACAAGAUGUACGACCGCCGUACGCCCAGCAGGAAGCUUGAGUAUGUACCCCCAGUGUACGGGCACAACUCCCUAAACAAGCCUUACAGUGGGAGGUAUAAUCAGCUGCAGGGGACACAGCCAGGAUCCCAGCAGGGGACGUUUGGUCGUAAUCCGUCAAACAGAUCAGGCACACCAGACAAGGGGAAGGGCUUAUUCAUUGGAAUGAAUCCAAAUCCUGUGCGUGACAUUCCCAGCAGAGCCACGACGCUCCCUCCUGAAUAUUAUGAGAGUGUGCCCUAA